AUGGAUUUAGAGAGUAAAGGUUCUUUUUUGCCUGUUUUUGCAACUCUAAGAGGCAUAUUAGCAUUGAUGUUUAGUCUGUUUAUUGCCGGAUGGAAGUACCUGCAGAAUCACAACAAGACCCAGAUGGAGAGAAAAAAGCUUUUCAUCUCACUCUGUUGCCAGACAAUGAGUGAGAAUGCCAACUUGACUAUUUUCAAGUACGUGGUGAAUCCUGUAUUGCGAGUAGUGUGUCUUGGUCUAGCUAAACGACACGGAAUGACGAAAUAUGACUCUGAUGAAGGGAAGGGCUACUGGGUAAGACAAGCUCAGAAUCAAGAUUCGCAGCCGGAUAAGCAAACACGGAAGUUGCUUCUAUACGUCCAUGGAGGCGGGUUUGUAUGUGAUUUAUUGCCAACGAGCUUAGCGUCCAUUCGCAUUUUAUCGAAUGAACUAGACCAAAAUACAGCGGCAUUAGCACUAAACUACCCGCUAUUCAGCAAGUGCACGGAUCUCAACGAAUAUAUAUGGAAGGAGUACUGCAAGCUGGCAUCGCAGUACUCGGAAGUCAAUCUCGUUGGUGAUUCAUGCGGAGGCCAUCUUAUUCUAAACAUUAUGCUAAGAUGUCACCGCGAAAAUUACGCGAACCGGCCAAGCACGGCCAUCGCCAUAUCACCCUGGUGUAAUAUCCUAGAUACAAAUACGAUAGACCUAGAUGCUAUCCAGGGUUUUAAUGUCGACUUGCUCAACCGUGAGACCUUAGUGACAUACCAGCAUUCAUACUUAAACGAAGAAGAACCGCCGUUGACUCAAGACUCAUGGCUCAUAAACACUAACAACACCGCGGCCGAGACCUGGCAAGAUAUCCUACAGCGCACUAGACUACUGGUAAACUACGGGGAAUGCGAGGUGUUCAAGAUCCAGGUAGAGCAAUUCUUAGCACAUAUUGGAUCCAAUCCAAAUCUAGUCGUUCAGCGACAAAAAAAUGGGUUCCACACAGAACCACUUAUCAUGAGCGACAAGAAAGUCUUGAAGUCGUGGAGAGAUUUCAUACUAGCAGCUCCAAGCGAGGAGAAGGUCAACCAAGUCCCUUAA